AUGGUACUUGUGCAGCUCGCCCCUUUUAGCUGGAACCAAGCCAACGCCGAUAUUUGCAAAGGAUACCUGGAGGCUAUCUUUCGCGAUAAAGGCGAUGACAUUGGGCCCAUUAUCAAUAUAAUCAGCAGCAUCGAUGCUUCCGGUCGUCUCCCCGCCAUCGAUGACUUUCCUUCGCGCCGUACUUUGCUUGAGCUAUCCUGGCCAGCGAUUUUUGGGCUUUCCCUAUUUGCCUCUAACCAGGAUAUCACCGUAUUUGCUCGCGCUAUGGAGUCGAUCUGGCUGGUGUACUUCAUGCAUAGUCUGCGCUUUCAGGCAUUAGGGCGGCAUCUCUGGUUCCAGAGCUUGCGAACGGGCAUGAGUCUGGGGGAGCUACGCUACGCGCCUGCAGACCUCCGAUCAGGGAGAGAUAUCGCCAGAGAGCUAGGACCCGUUGAUCUUGUCAUCCACCGCCUGUACGCAAUCUGGAUGCAAGAGCGGGGGUACCCCGGAAUGGGGCAUGGGAUGGACUACGACUGGGUCGUCAACGUCUCCAAUCUCUGUUUCCGAAUCACGUCUACUCUCCAAUAUCGCCAUAUGGAAAGCGGGCAAGCACGCGAAGAGUUCUUCCUCGAGAUCAGACAAUACGGGAAGGCGGCGGAGAAGCGGUUGGCGUUUAUACUGGCCGCGAUCCACUGGAAGACGAAUUCCGACCUCCAGAGUAAGGUGGAUACUCUGAACGUCGCUUUCGACGUCACACCGCCGCUCCCUGGCGCUUGUGUUCAAGGCUUGUAUAUCGCUAGCUUGUUUGGCCACUCGCCCGUUCCAAUUGGGCGCUUUGAAGCGCUGCCUCUGCCGCCAUUGGCGCCAAUCUCACAAGCCGGCUUGCUCGACGUAUGCAUUUCUUCCGACCAGCCUCCCCGCCCCUGCUGGGGUUUGACCGACGCAUAG